UCGUUUUUUACAGAAAAAAAAACGAAGGACAUUUGGUUGCUUAGAUACAUUCGUUUGAUCGAUAUUUUGCAUAGCACUGUAGAUAUAAAGUUUUAUGGCAAACACACCAAAAGAGAAGUUGCACUAAGCAAACUAUUUGUCAAAAUUCAAAUUUGAAUUAUGACAAUAAUUAUCAAGGAUUAUCAAUGGCGUCAGACAGAAAAGAGGAUAAUAAUUUAUGUCCCUUUAAGAGGGCAUCCUAAAAAUGUACAUUUAUUCGUGAUGGACGAUUACGUAAAGAUUAGCUUUCCGCCUUUUAUUUUGGAAUUAUUUCUAUGGGCAAACGUGCUUGAGGAAGAGAGUGAAUGUACUUUGACAAAGACUGAAGCUAUCUUUUCUUUGCAAAAAGCGAACAUGGCUUCUGACUGGUCAAAUCUCGAAGUGAAGGAUAUUAACGAGGAGCAAAAGCGUGAUUUUAGAAAACGAGCUUUGGAAAAAGCACAAGAGGUUUCGGACAAUCGUGCGAAAUCUAAAAGUGAAAAACGUCAAUAUUUGCAAAAAGAAGCAGUGAAAGUGCAAGUAAAUGUGGAUACCAAUCAAUUAAAUAAAAUAGAGACUUUAAGAGAUUCUCAUCGUAGAGCUGCAAUGCAAGAUUUUGAAGACUGGCGAUCAAGUACAGAACUGCCGAUCUUCCAAGAUAUUUCCGGCAAAGUGCAAGAAAAUAGAAAGGCAUACAGGCCUCCUCUGAAAUGGUUCAAAGAUGAUCUUGGUGUUCUGCGAUAUCGGGAAAUUGACGAAAAAGAAAAAUUAAGAAAAAAACAAGAUGAAUCAAUGAUUAUAGAAGAAUUAAUUGUUGAAGAAGAUCCAAAGGAAACAUUAUCGAUUGAAGGAAAUCUAAAAAAAGAAUUAGUUGUUGAAGAAGAUACAAAGAAAGAAUUAAUUAUCGAAAAAAAACUGGAGAAGGAAUUAAUAGUUGAAGAAAACUUGAAGAUAGAAUCAAUUGAUGGAGCGAAUCUGAAAGAAAAAGAUACAGUUCUCGAUGAAAAUAUUCAGAAAGAAGUGAAUACUUUAGAGAAAAAGGAGACAAUUCCGAAUAAGAGUUCCGAUCCUCAAGAUCGGUUUUCCAGUUGUUCCGAGGAUUCCGAGUCGGAUUACGAAAUGACAUCUUCCAAAUUUGCAACCAAGUCUUCAAUCAAGAAAACGGGCCAGAAAUCAUCGCAAAAAUCCUGCGCACAAAUAAGGAAGCAAAAAUCAGGCCAGAAUUUGAUCGAUAAAGUGCUGAAAAAUCGAUAUUCCAAAAUAAAUCGAAUAUUUGAUGAAUCUGCAGCAGUUCCACUUCCCAGAACAAGUGGAACCAUCAACAUAACUUUUUCCGAACGAGCUUUUCCCACUCCAGCCCGGGAAAGUUCUCUUGUUGAGGAGGAGCAAUGGCUUUCUAAGCAAGCGGAAGCUAGAAGGAAAACUGGAUUUGUCGUCGAGGAUCUUCGCCCUGAAGAACAGGAUCCUCAAUGGUUGAAGGAUAAGGGCGAUGAUUUCUUCAAGGCGGGGAAUUAUCUGGCUGCCAUCAGUGCGUACACCCAUGGGAUUAAAAUCAGUAGCGAAAUGACGGCGCUCUAUGUGAACAGAUCGGCUGCGCAUUACGCUCUCGGGAAUUAUUACAGAUGUAUUGACGAUUGUUCUAAGGUAUUGGAACUGAUGGAACCAAAAUGUGAGAGUAAUAGAGUAUCGAGAGCGAGAUGUCAUGCUCGUCGAGGCGCCGCACUUUGCAAAUUGUCUGCACCGCAACACGGAAUCCCUGAAUUAGAGGCUGCUUUGAAAUUGGAUCCUAAAAACGAGAGCAUUAAACAUGAUCUUCUUGCUACUAAACAAUAUUUUAAUAUAAAGGAAUAAAAAUAAGGAGGGAGGGAUAAUUGUAUGAUUGAUUUUGAAAAAUUUGCAUCAUUUAUAAUUUUGACAAUAACCGAUGAUCAUCGAGUUGAAUAGUCAUCCGAAUCAAGGGAUAAUUAAGAUUGCUUUGCGAAAGUUAAUGAGAAAGUGAGUCGUCGACAUUCAUGAUGGAAUUCAUAUCGUUUUGGCGGUCAUGCAUUUCAUUGAGUCAUCAUUAAAAUGACUCAUAGAAUGGGUUUGAAAUUUUCACGGAAUAAAUCAAUACAUUCUACUGCUAAUUUUAAUUGAAUCGAGUGGCAUUAAAGUACGCUAUAAAUAAAUCGAAAUAUUUUUAAGCCUCUAAAAUAGCUACAAAAUAGCAUUUUAAAAUAUUGGAAUCUUGUGCUGGUAAAUAAUUUUUAUGAUUAGAAAGAUAUGAUUAGAAAGAUAUGAUUAGAAAG